AUUGAAGACCGGGCCAAAGCCCGGGAGGAGGAUCGGUCGAAGUAUAUCGAUCUGAAUUGGCUCCCUGCUACUUCGGUUGAGGUGGAACGCCUUUUCUCCACUAUGAAGUGCAUGCUCGGGUAUCUGCGCAAGCGGAUGAGCGCAGAAACACUGGAGACUAUUCUCUUCCUACGGAUGAAC